GCAGUGUGGGGCGGGGGCAGAACGCCUCCGGCCGCGGGUUGGGCCCAGUGUCAGCAGCCGAGCAGGCGCUCGGGCGGGACAUGGCGGGCUGUGUGGCCCGGCGAGCCCUGGCGGUGGGCAGCCGCUGGUGGUCCCGCUCGCUAACCGGGGCCCGAGGGCCGAGGCCGCUCUGUUCGGCAGGUGGAGCUGGGGCCUUCCCACCAGCGGCGACCACGACGACGCGGAGGCACCUCUCGUCCCGGAACCGACCAGAGGGCAAAGUUUUGGAGACGGUUGGUGUAUUUGAGGUGCCAAAACAGAAUGGAAAAUACGAGACUGGACAGCUCUUCCUUCAUAGUGUUUUUGGCUACCGAGGUGUUGUCCUGUUUCCCUGGCAGGCCAGACUGUAUGACCGGGAUGUGGCUUCUACAGCUCCAGAAAAAGCAGAGAAUCCUGCAGGCCAUGGCUCUAAGGAGGUGAAAGGCAAAACUCACACUUACUAUCAGGUGCUGAUUGAUGCCCGAGACUGUCCACAUAUAUCUCAGAGAUCUCAGACAGAAGCUGUGACUUUCUUGGCUAACCAUGAUGAUAGCCGGGCCCUCUAUGCCAUCCCAGGCCUGGACUAUGUCAGCCAUGAAGACAUCCUCCCCUAUACCUCCACAGAUCAGGUUCCCAUCCAGCAUGAGCUGUUUGAAAGAUUUCUUCUGUAUGACCAGACAAAAUCACCCCCUUUUGUGGCCCGGGAGACGCUCCGGGCCUGGCAAGAGAAGAAUCACCCCUGGCUGGAGCUCUCUGAUGUCCACCGGGAAACAACUGAGAACAUCCGUGUCACCGUCAUCCCCUUCUACAUGGGCAUGAGGGAAGCCCAGAAUUCCCAUGUCUACUGGUGGCGCUACUGUAUCCGCUUAGAGAACCUCGACAGUGACGUGGUGCAGCUCCGGGAGCGACACUGGAGGAUAUUCAGUUUAUCUGGCACCUUGGAGACAGUGCGAGGCCGAGGCGUGGUGGGAAGGGAACCUGUGUUAUCGAAGGAGCAGCCUGCGUUCCAGUACAGCAGCCACGUCUCCUUGCAAGCUUCCAGCGGGCACAUGUGGUGAGUGGGGGCACGUUCCGCUUCGAGAGGCCUGAUGGCUCCCACUUUGAUGUCCGGAUCCCUCCCUUCUCUCUGGAAAGCAAUAAAGAUGAGAAGACACCACCAUCAGGCCUUCACUGGUAGGCCAGCUGAGGCCUGAGUACCUAGGCCUGGCCUCUGAAGAACAGCUCUUCUCCCAUAAUUGCUGCAGAACUCUCUCUCCACCAUGGGCCACAGUGGGUCUCUUUUAUCGUUUGCACCGUUUGGUUGUGGGGGUUCUUUUUCUGCGGGUGGGUAUAAUCGUUUUCUCCAGAAGACCUGUGUAGGACUCUUCCGAGGCUGGCCUCCCCCGUUAAGCCCUGGCUACACUGUGUUCCAGUAAACCUUUCCACCAGGAAUUCUGUGUUCAGCUGCCACAGGCCUGGGUUUCCUGGCCUGUCCCACAAGUUGUUUGGAAUAUGAGGUUUGGUCAAUAAACCAGUGCACACUUG